CAGGAGGACCCAUCACCCAAACUGAGAUGAUCAUCCCCUCCUCUCUUUCCUCAUCUCCAUUCUCGUCCACUUCCGAAACAAACGACCCUGCGCAAAGCGAUCAGUAACACCAAACAGAUGGAGGAGCCACGCGAGUCCCACGUGCUCAUCCUUCCGUUCCCGGCUCACGGCCACAUCAAGCCCAUGCUCUGCCUCGCGAAGCUCCUCGCCGCCGCGGGCCUCCGCGUCACCUUCCUCAACACCCACCACAACCACCGCCGCAUCCUCCCCCGCAGCCCGUCCUCUUCUCCCUCCUCCCUCCUCCGUUUCGAGUCCAUCUCCGAUGGCUUGCCGGACGACCACCCGCGAAGCUUGGAACUGAUUGAAGAGCUUCUCCUCUCGAUCAAGACGGCGAUGAAAGCUCACUUGAGGGAGUUUCUUCUUUCCAAAAGUGCAGAGCCUCCGGUGACCUGCAUUAUAGCGGACGGGAUCAUGUCGAUUGGCAUUGAUGUCGCGGAGGAGCUCAGCAUUUCCGCGAUCUCGUUCCGGACAUUCAGUGCUUGCUGCUUGUGGACAAACUUCUGCAUUCCCACCUUAAUGCAUGAGGGCAAGCUUCCAUUUUCUGAUGAUGAUCUGGACAAGGAGUUCCACGGCUUGCCGGGAGCUGAAGGCCUUCUGCGACGGAGAGACCUACCAAGUAUCUGCAGAUCACAGAUCGAAAGCUGCUCAUUUCGCUAUUUUCUGGACGAAACCUUUGCCAUGACCCGAGCUUGUGCUCUCAUACUCAACACAUUCGAUGCCCUCGAAGCCCCAAUGGUCUCUCAUCUCGCCACCAUUUUUUCUAACGUCUACACGAUCGGGCCCCUUCAUGCCCUGGCCAUCCAAUCUAGUGUCGGGCAUUUUUCAGGGCGUUCUGAAUCCGUAGGCAGCCUUCGGAUCGAAGACCGAAGUUGCAUGAUGUGGCUCGACUCGCAAGCAUCGAGAUCGGUCGUCUACGUGUCAUUCGGGAGCUUGGUGAAGAUCACGGUCGACCAGUUGAUGGAGUUUUGGCACGGCCUGGUCAAUUGCGGCAGACCGUUCUUGUGGGUCUUAAGGGAGGACGCGAUUGCGGGAGAGGAAGAGGAGAGUGCGAGAUCACUACUUUCAGAACUGAAACUUACCAGCGAAAGACGAUGCGUUGUGGAUUGGGCGCCGCAGGAAGAAGUGCUCGCCCACCCUGCCGUGGGGGGUUUCUUGACGCACAGCGGGUGGAACUCGACCUUGGAGAGCAUAGCGGCGGGAAUCCCCAUGAUUUGUUGGCCUCAACUGGGAGAUCGACAAAUCAAUAGUUGGUGUGUGAGUGAAGUAUGGAAAAUUGGGCUUGAUAUGAAGGAUACUUGUGAUAGAUCGACCGUCGAGACAAUGGUCAGAAUAUUGACGGAGGACAACAAAGAGGAGAUCAUGAGAUCGAUGACUAGGAUUUCGGGAUUGAGUUCGGAUAGUGUUGGCCCGGAUGGAUCUUCGUCAAAGAACUUGGAAAGACUAAUUGAAAAUAUAAGGAUGAUUGAUCGAACAAGUUGAGUUAUUAGAAUAUAAUUCAAUGUGAAUCUUCCAAACUGCGCAAUUGUUCAAUUUGAUGAGGGGAUGAUGCUUGCUUC